AUGCCCAACGUCGGGUUGAAAGAAAAGUCCAAGCGGACGACCGCGCGGUCUCCGCUUGAGAACAAUGCAGCCAACGCCCGCCCAGAGGACUCCGACGUCGAGAUGGGUGACGAAACUAGCUCGGACGAGGAGGAUGUCCCCGAGAAGGAUGAGGCGGAAAAGAACCUUGAGCGCAUGCUCUUUGGCGACGACGAGGGGUUCAUGGGCGCAUUGAAAAAGCAACAAGACCGCGAAGCUGGAAUGGCUCUCACUUUGAACAGUGAUGAAAGCGACGCCGAGGAAGAUUCUGAGGGCGAAGGCGAAGAUCUGGCAGGCAUGGCCGACUCAGACCUCUUUUUCCUCGACUCAGGUGCUCCUGCUACCACCGACUUACUCCCUUCACCGGAAAACCCUUCAGAUGCCGAGGAUGACGAACAAGAUGGAGAAGCCGCAGUCUGGUACGAUAGCGAUGACGACCGUCUCGCCGUGUCGCUCGCAAGCCAAGCCAAAUUGCGCAAAUUGCGCGAUACCGAAGCGGAAGAUGUGGUCAGCGGCAAGGAAUAUAUUCGACGACUGCGCAAGCAAUUCACUCGCCUACACCCUACACCCGAAUGGGCCAACCCAGAGCAGAAGCGCCGCAAGACCGACUCUGACGACGAGCAGGAAGUUGACUCCGAUGAUGAGAACGAGCAUCUCAGCAUGCAGCCACUGGCCAAGCUUCUUCAAAACGCCUCGGACCUCACCCGGAUAGAAGACAACUCGCGCUCUGGAAAGCGCAAGUUGCGCCAGGAGGUUAUCGAUAUUCAGAGACUGAAAGAUGUCGGCAAAGCGCAGCCCUCCUCCGUCGACUCCCUCAACUUCCACCCGCACUACCCUCUUCUGCUCUCUUCUGGUCCUGCAUCAACCCUCUUCAUGCACCACAUCUCCCCCUCCGCGCCAGCCCCCAAUCCUCUCCUCACCUCUCUGCACAUCAAGCGCACCCCCAUUCACACUUCUGCAUUUGCUCCGCCGACAGGAAACAAGAUCUUUGCCUCUGGUCGCCGGCGUUACUUCCACAUCUGGGACAUGGACACCGGCAAGAUCGACAAGGUCAACGGCUCCGCCGACAGAAAAGAAGAGCAGAAGUCCAUGGAGCGCUUCAAGCUUUCGCCCUGUGGCCGCUUCGUCGGUCUGGUCGGUACGUCCCGCAAGGGUGGUGGUCUGAUCAACAUCCUUGACGCCAAUACCGCACAAUGGAUCUCGCAAGUCCGCGUCGACGGACGAGGUGGUGUCGCCGAUUUCGCGUGGUGGUCUGACGGCGAGGGAAUGACAGUUGCCUCUAAGAACGGAGAAGUCUCCGAGUGGGACGGACGUGUUGGGCGCGUUGUCGCCCGCUGGGUCGAUGCCGGUGCUGUCGGUACUACUGUGCUCAGCCUGGGUGGGCGGUCCGGUCGUACCCAGCUCGGUGGGGAUCGCUGGAUCGCAAUUGGCUCCUCUAGUGGUAUCGUUAACGUUUACGAUCGCCGCGAGUGGGCUGCUGCGUACGCCAAAGCUUCUGCUUCUGAUAAGGAAUCCUCGGUUCAGGCUAGCAUUCCGCGCAGCCCUACACCUGUGCGUGUCUUGGAUCAACUCACCACCCCUAUCAGCCAUUUGGUGUUUGCGCCUGAUGGCCAGAUGAUGGUUAUGGCGAGUCGCUGGAAGCGUGAUGCUUUGCGUCUUGUUCAUCUUCCUACCUGCACAGUGUUCCGCAACUGGCCCACUUCGAACACACCACUGGGUCGGAUCUCCUCUGUGGCUAUUUCGCCAAACUCGGAGCAGUUGGCUGUUGGUAAUGAACAAGGUAACAUUCGCAUGUGGGAGAUCCGGGGAUAA